AGGAGGAGGAGUACGGAAAACACGGGUAGAGAGAGAGAGAGCAAAACAGGAACAGAAAGUGAAGACUUGUCAAGAUGUUUGGGUAAGAGGUUCCAGGACUGAACAGAACACAGCAGAAGCCAGAUGCUAAACUGAAAGGAGCAAACGUCUGAGCAGCUGACUGGAUUAGACAAGAGGGGUGACCUGACCUGCUGCCACAGAAGCAUCUGCGGGCCUCAACAAUUCAGCAGCGUGACAAAACGAAACCGCAAGCUAAAGGGCAAGAGGGCUUGAGAAAACAAUUAGAGGAAUGCUGACCUGCAUAAACAAACUCAGCUUAAGAUUUUUUUUUUACCCCCCCUCCAGAUUAAAUCACAACAACAAGGCAAUUUCAAGAAAAGACACUCCUACAAGCAAGCAGUGUUUUGGUCCUUAUAAGAGCAAAACAGACGCGUUCUAACAGCAUCCGUAAGGUGAACGUCCAAAGAGGAACAGAACAGCACAAGUUUGGACAGAUUCGUCACAUAGAGCAGUGCCUCGGGGUAACUAUCUCAUCUGGGAUCUUCACGAAGAAUGAGGAGCAUGUGAAGUUCAUUGUCAAGUCACUGGAAAUCUUUGUGCUGAUGGCUGAUGAACUGACUUGUGCUCAGAGAGCUACAUGAGAUAUCAAUCAGCUUUUAAUGUUGAAGCUACUCACUCGGAUGAGUGGCGCAAGUCGGUUAUUUCGGUGUGCUGGCAGAGUUUCUUUUUUAUCGCAGUAUAGACCUCUAAGUCUCUGUAAAGCUUAUUAAAACGUUUCUGGGAGUCCGACUCAAGCAACUGAGCUCCGCAGGCCAAACGUUAUGGAAGGGAAGUUUCAGAGUGUCCAGGAUUUUUUCAGCUGGCUGUGGACCUUGGCUGUGGACAAACACAACCAGGGGGUCUACAACACCGUCUGCCUGGUCAUCCUGCUGACGCUUCCUCUGCUGGUCAUCCUCACCGCUGUGGUGGUGUGCUGCCACUGCUGCUGCUGUCGCCAUGAUGGCAGCUGCUGCUGCUGCUGCUGUGGAGGCUCUUCGAGGUCGGCAGGGAAAAAGAAAAAGAGUUCCUCCAACAGCGAGGACUUGUGGAUAUCCGUAAAGACUGGACCGACGACUCCUGAUCGGGUCGCUAUGGGAAUGGUGUGAGGAUUACGUCUGUUCAGGAUUACCGCACUGGUGCCGAUCAGUAGUUGAAAACUCAGACUUGUUUGGGAUGUGGAUAUCGUUCAAAUAAAAAGAACUUCAUAUUGUCGUGGGCAUACACACGGCUGAGACGAGUUUGUUUUUGUAUAUAAAUACUUGUCACUUUGUAUUCACAUGAUGCUGUGUGUUCUGGUUUUAUGACAGUGUUUACAACAUUUUUAUGAGCUUUUUUUAGUGCGUGGUACAUAAAAAAGAAAUAUGCAGACUGAAAAAAAAAAAAAAUAUAUGAAUGCAAGUGUGUCUGUGCAGCGUGUGUGUGUCAGGUAGAGAGGCGUAGAGUUAUUGGGAGAACUUAGUUCUUAGAGCUCCCAUGUGAAAUUCAAUGCAUCCAUAUUUGGGAGAGGGAGCAAAGGAAAAGUCGGCUCACUGCUCAAACAGCUGUACUAGCACCCACUUUUCAGAGUGCAGACUGAGAAAAACAGCAGAGAUAUCCCAAAUGAGCCCUUAUUUUAUUACUUUUUAAAAACAAUUGAGUAUUGUUUAAUAAAAGAUAUGUUUGUCCAUACGUUGGAAUCAUUAGGGUUCUCACAUUAACGGAAGAUGAAGAAUAGAGGCAGUUUGUUAUGCAAGAAAACAAAUUGAAAUAAUUUGCUUUUAGAAACUCACUAUAUACAGUGUGUGUAUUAUGGCUCUUUUUGGAUUUGAAGCUCUGGAAAAGUAAAAUGUCAUUUCAAGCUAAUAUGUCAAGAUAUAGAAAAAUAAUUAAUCACCAGUUUGGGUUUUUGAUCGAUGCUGUGCGUUUCAGUGCACUGCAACUUAACGUCUGCAAAUGCAAGACACUGCCUUCAGUGCAGAAAUGAAAUAAAAAAAAAUAAUAAUUGAGUUUGAUGUCAGGUUAAGGGCACUAUACAGAUAAAACAGUUGCUCUUGCAUAGAAAACCUUACAGAAGCACUUUGGAAUUUAGACAGCUACUAGGCAUUAUGACCACAGUUAUGUCUGUUAUGUAUAUAUGGACAUUCAGAAUAUAGUUUUAUUAAAAUUGCUAAGCAAUCUUUUGUUUUACUACUAUCCCGAGUUCCCUCAACUCUUGUGUGUUUAUAUAUAGACAAACAUGUAAAGUAAACAAGUUUUUUUUUUUUGUUACAUUUCUGAAAUACAGAAAAUUUAAACUUUAUUGAAAUUGUAUAAGAUUUUGCCACAAUUUUUUGUUUUUUUAAUUAUUGUAGCAACUUCUUCAAAGGCUAAUUAAGCAGAAGUCUGUCUGCAGCGUCAUCUUUAUUCAUUAGCUUACUCUGACACCAAGUUGGAGGCCGGCUCCUCUCAUUACAGCUCACACAGACAAUAUCCCAUGUGGAGAGCAGAGAUGUCUCUUCUGCUUAAUUUUUGCUGUAUACAAAAAUCCUGUAAAAAAA